AUGUACUACCUCGUCGGCUUUGGCAUCUCGGUCGCUGCAGUUCCCGUUGCGUGGCUUCUCCCCGUUGUCGGCACCUUUUGCAUCGGGGCACUCGCAGGCUACUUUGCCACCGCGUUCGCACUCCUUGUCGCAGGCGUCGGUCUCCUCACGGCCCACGUCAUCGGUCUCAUGGUGGCCGCGUCCGUUGGUAUCGCCUGCAUCGGACGCCGCUUGCCGCUCAUUUUUGCCUCGGCCUUUGCGGGCUCGCGCUUGAGGCCAACGCGGUCGUGUCGCGCGAUGCGGGCCUCACGGACGUGA